AGACCUUCCACUGCCAUUUCGUGUAAUGGUAACAAUUACCUCAUCAUUCAUUAAAUCGGUUUGCACAAGGCCUAUUGUAAUGAACGGUUACCAUCCAUUAUUACCGCUGCUCUAACCCGUUUAGUAGUUAACGAACAACAACAAUUAUCACCAGCUUCUGGGACUCAACUAUUGUACGUAUUCAUGCUAUAGCAGCGAAGCGACUCCCGUUGCCUGUGCUGUAUAACCAGAGCCCUAGAUGCGUCACAGGGAUCUAUACGCGUGUUGAACACUAUCUGCUGGAGGGAGCUGUCGGUGCCCACGAUGUUGUGCUGGACAACUGGACAAGGGAGGUGGACGACAUUGUAAAGUGCUUUAUGUACUCGCAACUGACCUUUCUCUAUGGUAGUGAACUAACCGGCAGCGGAUGUGACUGAGGGAGCUAUUAAGUAUGGAUUCGUACAUAUUGUCGCUGGCAAUCCAUGGGCUGCGUGGCUUGAUGAGGCUACGCUAAGGUCUGCAACUAGAACGACGUGUGCUUCGUGAAUACAACAAAUGAGAAACAACGUUCAGUUAAGUCAGCGGUGCUGUAAACUCGGAAUAUACACUGUUCGGUAGUAUCCUGGCAAGUCAUCGUGUCUGUCUGCGACCGGCAUCGACUCAACAUCCCAAUGUUCCCCGAACUUAACAACAACCUGUGGAUUAUUUGAUUUAUAUACAUGAUCUGCGUCGGAUUAAACACGAGUUCGAGUAGAAGGUUUAAGUAAGGCUGGAGGGAUGCGACAGUCGUGGUUUAACUGAACGGCGGGAUUAAAAAGACGGACACAAAGAGACGAAACUUGACGAGGAUAUAUCGUUAAGUAUCGACAACAAUCGGAAUGUACGCCACCACAGCUUCAUUUGGAGUACUUGUUUUAUACGUCCUUCACCUUGUGAAUGGAGAUUUACCCGACAGAUUGCGGAUCGGCGCACUGUUUGAGAAGGAGCAUGAUGGCCAGCGCCAGGCGUUUGAAUGGGCUGUAGAAAAGAUCAACCUCAGGAACGACGUCCUUGGCAACACCAUCGUGGUGGUGGACGACCAAGAGGUCUUGGAGCAGGACAGCUUCAGUGCUCAAAGAAAAGUAUGCCAGAUGGUAGGAAAAGGAAUCGUUGGCAUCUUUGGUCCGGUGUCAUCACUCUCUUCUGCGCAUGUGCAAUCCAUGUGCAAUGCAUUCGAGAUUCCACACCUACAGUGGCACUGGGACCCUCGAGACACACGUGAUUACUACUCAAUCAGUCUGUUCCCGCACUAUCUGACCUUGAGCCAGGCCUACAGAGACAUGGUGCGGUACUGGGGUUGGAGCAAGUUCACCCUCUUGUAUGAGAACAAUGAAGGACUGACUCGCCUGCAGGAAGUGCUUAAGGCACCGGAAAUGGGCAAAGCUCGAAUAACUGUUCGAAAACUGGAACCGAUCAACAAUGAUUACGUGAACAUGUUCAAAGAACUCAAAGAGAAAGGGCAGUUCCGAAUGGUCAUCGACUGCAAGUUGACAAGUGUCAAGAAAAUUCUCCAUGCGGCGCUGAAAGUGCAGAUGUUAUCCCAGUACUAUCACUACUUCUUCACAACUCUGGAUCUUGGUCUAGUAGAUCUGGAAGACUACAAGCACGAUGGCGCCAACAUUACAUCUCUCAGACUUAUCGAUCCUGAUCGGCCUGAAGUGAUCAACGUUCGAACUGAUUGGUUGUACAAGGCAAGGAGAUCGGGGGAUUCCCCACUCAAAGGCUACUCUGAGAUUCAGGCCAGGAUUGGUAUCAUCUUUACGACGGAGACUGCUCUUGCCUACGACGCCGUCCAACUGUUCUCUCUGGCGCUCCACGAGUUGUCACAAGCCCAGGACGUGACCAAGGCUGUGUUGUCUUGCGAUACCAAACAAACAUUCCAGUUUGGAAACAGUUUACUGAAUUUCAUGAAAUCGCUGAACUUUGAAGGUCUAUCAGGACCGAUCCGCUAUGAUAAUGGGGAACGCAGAGACUUCACCCUGGACGUACUUGAGCUGAAACUAACAGGCCUUAUGAAGGUUGGCACAUGGAACAGGCACAUCGGUGUUAAUAUGACGAAAACUGAUGACGAACGCAGGAAAGAAGUUGAAAGUUCUCUUAAAAACACUACAUUGGAAGUAGUAGCCGUGGUGGAAGCUCCGUAUGUGAUGGAGGUGAAGCACUUAGAUGGCAAAAUCACUUACGAAGGCUUCUGUGUGGAUCUGCUGGACGAAAUCUCCAAAAGACGGCAAUUCAACUACACCAUCAGGGUCGUUAGCACCUACGGCAAGUUGAAGAAUGGAGAAUGGUCUGGCAUUGUCAGAGAACUCAUUGACAGAAAAGCAGACCUUGGACUUGGUGGAAUGUCCAUCACCCACGGACGAGAACAGGUCAUCGACUUCACGAAGCCUUUCAUCACCUUGGGUAUUACGAUCUUAUACAAGAAGCCAACCCCCAAGGCUCCUCAGCUGUUUUCCUUCCUGUCACCGCUGUCAGUAGAGGUGUGGGUGUACAUGAUCGCAGCCUACCUCUGCGUCAGCUUCAUGCUCUUCGUCAUAGCAAGGUUCAGUCCCUACGAAUGGUGCAACCCUCAUCCCUGCAACCCGGAUGCAGAUGUAGUGGAGAACCAGUUCACCAUCCUCAACAGUCUCUGGUUCACUAUUGGUUCUCUUAUGCAGCAAGGCUGUGAGAUAGCUCCUCGAGCCAUCUCCACCCGUCUUGUGGCAGGAAUGUGGUGGUUCUUCACCCUCAUCAUGAUCUCCUCCUACACCGCCAACCUGGCUGCUUUCCUCACAGUGGAGAGAAUGAUCUCUCCCAUAGAAAGCGCCGAAGAUCUCGUCAAGCAAACUGUCAUCAAAUACGGCACACUGGAGGGAGGUUCCACUAUGGCGUUCUUCCAGAAUUCCAAAAUUGAAACAUUCAAAAGAAUGUGGAAUUCCAUGAAUACAUCCGAGGAAAAUGUGUUUGUGAAAGACGGUGCCGAGGGUGUGAACCGAGUAUUAGCAGGGGGAUACGCCUACCUCGGCGAAUCCACGUCGGUAGAAUAUAACAUUCAAAGGAACUGCGAGUUGAUGCAGGUGGGCGGCCUCCUCGACUCCAAGGGAUACGGCAUAGCAACACCACCGGAGUCCCCAUAUAGAGACGCCAUCACGGAGACGAUUCUCAAGCUUCAGGAGGAGCAGUUUAUCCACACUAUUCACGAUCGAUGGUGGAAGGAGAAGAAUGGUGGCGGCAAGUGUGUGGCUGAGAAGAGCUCCAACCAAAAGAACAAGGCAGCUGAACUUGGGGUGGCAAACGUGGGUGGCGUGUUUGUAGUGCUCAUGGGAGGUGUUGGGGCAGGGUUCAUCAUCUCCCUCUGUGAGUUUAUAUGGAAGGCCAGAAAGAAUGCCAGGAAGGACCAGCAAACACUUUGCUCCGAAAUGGCUGAAGAAUUCCGAUUUGCUGUGAGAUGCUUUGGAUCAAAGAAACCCACGAAAAAACGAGACAAGGAGAUAACGGAUAACGGCCUUCAGUUCAUGCCACUGACGGGCUACGGACACAAUUCAGUUGGCGGAAAGGAAGUGUACGCAUGACAGGAAGACUUGCUAUAACUUUGUACAUGUUCUGCAAGAGAGUACGCAGUCGUGUUGUGAGUGAGGGGAUAAGUGUUUGUGUACCGGAAGUGCCAGAAAAUGACAUAAAAGACGAUCACUCAUCUGGAGGGCAUUUGAUCGAUACAUCUCAAUCAAAGGAGAGCAACCUGCUCCCUAUUAAGUGCCUUAUAAUUAAACACAAAUCAUCUGUGACCCCAGGUUUGUUUAUUCCUACCAAAGCUGAACCAACUCACGUGAAGCUCAUCCGGUUAGGACCGGAAACAUGUGCUAUGACUAUCUCGCAGUGAAAAUGAACUAUUUUGAGAGUUUACAUACAUGGUUAGCUGUGGAGGCCAGAUUCGGUAGAUGAUGAGAACCUAUUUUUGUACAAAUGCGUGUAAGAUAAGGCUUUAUAUAUGCGCUUGUAAAAAUAUUUGCUGAUGGUCAGUUCUAUCUGUAUAAAUAGUCUUCCAAGCCUAUAUUGUAGGUUCAAGGGAGAUUCUUUUGUUGCCUCUAGAGGGGCUUUUAGGUAUAUCCAUUCUUUGAUAGGUCGAUGCAGGCUUCGCAUCAACAAGAAUCACAAGUCUUUUGCCCCGACUUCCCACUGCUGAUAUCUCAAGAUAUGUACCAUGAGGAUCCAGGACACUGCUCAAGUUACCUGCAUGAUUGAACACCAAAACUAAUAGAAAGUUCUUAGGACUAAUUUCAGCAGUUUGAUGGUUAUUUGUCUUGAGUCUAUGACACAUGGUACAAUUCUGUAGAAUAUUGAACACAAUUCAUCCUUGUCAUUUCAUUUCAUGAAACUUCAUGCCAGAAGCAAAGAAAGUAAACGUGUCACAAUGAUUCUUUUGUAAAUGCUGUUCACAUUGUACUGCACGAUGUUAUUCCACACGAUUUGACAUUCUGAAAUAUCCUUGCUCUUUUUUAGACGAUGAAAUAUUUUACUGUUAACAGUGAUCAAGGAAGCUGAAAAUGUCAAAGACAAUAUCAAAGUUUGAUCUAAAAUGUUCAAGGCAACUUUACCAACCAAAUCUAUGAAAUUAGAACCUACUUUCGAUAUAUCACGAAUAUUGCUACAUCGAAGACAUUUAAUAGUUUGCAUCAGAUUUAUUCUGUUUAGAACAAAUUAACUUUCCUUUUGCCGCUCUGACUUUCUUUUUUAACCAAGGUAAUUGCUGUAUUCUGCCAUUAAACCUCAAACGUUACUUGGUUAGAAGAUGGUUACCAACAAUUAGAUUCACAUGUGCCACUUGAAAGCUCAACUGUGAAGUUCUAAGGCGCAUCUUCGGGCGCUUCCGUCUUUCCAAAGAAAUACGACAGUCAUCCUUAUCUUAGAUGAUUAGAGCCUUAUGUGUGUUCAAACAUACACUAAUAUCAUGUACUGAAUCAAGGCACUGCAAAAAUCAAAUGCCAGUUUUUCUUCAUCAACCAGUAUCUUAUGGAACAACUAACAAUAGGCUACGCUUUGACAUAUUUUGUUUUCAGUGAGGGGUCAUUCUUUGGUAUUAAGUAUUAAUACGUAACCGUUGCCUUUUUAGCCGAUUGAUUACUGAACUGAAUGUACUUUGUGUGUAUAUAAACGAACAACAUGAGCUGUUCUGGGUGAGCACAGUUCUAGAGGACUACGACUUGCUGAUUGGAAUUUCACUUGAUCUGUUACCAUUAGUUUAUCGUUUAUUGUUGCAUGCAGUGAAAAUGUGAUCAUGUUUACUAUCAUUUUGGCCGCUGUAUUCAAUUAACUGGAAACUGUUACAUGGCCUUGAUAAUCAGUAUGGAUGAGAUUCGUUUCAAGGAAUGCCCACAGCAUACGUACUACUUUGAGAACAUGAUUAUAUAGCAUAUUGUGUGUUUUGCGUGGGUGUAUUUGUAUCAGUACAAAUAUGUCUUAUCAUAUAUGCAAAUAUUGUGCUAUUACGUUGACUUUCUAGCAAGCUAUGUAUGUGUCAAAUUGGGGAGGAUCUGACUAGUGGAUUCGAACCCAGACUUUUGUAACUUUGUACAGUGUCCUAGUCAGUGAUGGGGCUAUCUCUCCAUUCUGUUGAUCUCCACUGCAUAACAUCAGUCAACAACGUCUCGUUUACGACAAUGCCAUAUUAUGUCAUACUUACACACACCUUUUCCAAGGAGAUUUCUUCAACUUCUAUCGCACCUAUUUCGUGAGACUCUUCAUGAAACCGUCACACGUAAACCAUGUUAAAACCAUUCUCUACAACAUCAUAACAUUACAUGAUAUUUUGAAUUUCAUGCCAAUUCACAAUUUGGAAAGUUAAGUAUGAAUCAUUUAUAGGCUCUAAACCCAAUUGCUGUCGAGAGAUAUUUAGGGUGGUGGGUGGUUAUGUCCUGUAAAUACACCCACUAUGGUGAUUCUUCCAUGGACCAGCCAUGCACCAUCGCAGCGCAUCACAGCCUUGCAGAAUAUACUGCUUACAACAAACGGUUUGGCGGUCGCGACCAAGGCGCGAAUACCAAGCGUCCAACACGCGUUUAUUGGGUACUGUUUUGAUUAAUAUUGAGCGAACGCAUGUUCCUCAGAUCGCGAUCAAGCCACAACCAUGUCGUGUUCCGAUCGUCGCCAAGGGGACGUAUUUUUCUAACAGCAAUUGAAUCAGCUUCAGUGGCAGAACUAUAAGUUGUCGAAAUUUGCCAUUUACAACUUUCAUUGUCGUCACAUUAGUUAGAACAACACAGUCUCACGGGCCCUAUACUAUAACCUGGUUACUUAUCGAGGGAGCUGUUAGGUGACAGAUUUACUGAUGGUUUAUAGCAGCCGUCACAUCGACUGGUACAUCUGACAAUUAUGUAAGUAAAAUGUGUUGGAGGUUGUCAAUAGGAUGAUAUGUCACUGAUAACACUCAUCAGUACUAGUGUUAUUCAGUGGUGUUUAUUACGUGAGAAACGUGUGUUACGCAUCGUUAUGUGAUGCCUGUGAGCGAACAGAAUUGCCUUCAUUGGGGAUAGGUGACCCAGGAUAACUCUCUCUGAAUCAAUAUUCAUGUUCUUUCUUUUCGUUAAUUGACGCACUGUUGUAAUAUAUUUCUCAGGAAAUCUGGGCUUGUGUAAAACAUAAUAAACGGUUGUUAUGUCAUAUGUGGUCAAUGCAUUGCUCCCCAGCGUCCAAACUGUAACAUAAGCCAAAACAAAAAUACAUUGAAUACAUAAUACAUGAAU